UGGCAACUCUUAUGUGAACGCUUUGAUAACAAAAGACAAUUGAUCAACAAUCAUUUAAAAUCACUUUUUAAUUUUGAAUACGUCCGUGAGACUGACAAGUUUCGUUCACUCCGUUUCAUCACUGAUCACAUUACUAAAAACUUGCGCGCCCUCAGUACACUGGGCCUGCCUACUGACAAGUGGGACGUUUUAAUAAUUUAUAUAGUUACAGCAAAAUUAGACAGCGCCACAUCCUUUAAAUGGGAGGAACAUAGAAAUAAUUUGUCCGAUAUUCCAACACUUAGUGACUUCUUUACAUUCCUAAGAAAACGUGCUGAUAUUUUAGAGAUUGUCCAUCGCAAUAAACAAGACAAACAUAAUAAAAUUAAAUAUACAAAUUCUUCUGCACCUAACAAUAGGAUGCAAACUAAGUCUUUUGUAGUUACUUCUAAGGACGCUGUUUCUAAUUCUAAUAAAACCUUCGAGUGUGCACAUUGUAAGGGUAACCAUCGCCUAUACGAAUGUUAUUCAUUUAAGGCCAAGUCACCAGAAGAUAGGAACUCAAUAGUAGCAUCAUUGAAAUUAUGUAAAAAUUGUUUAAGGUCAGGUCAUGUUGCUGACAACUGCAAGCUUCCAGGUUCUUGUCGAUCUUGUAAAAAACGUCAUAAUUCACUUUUACAUAUUAUUAAAGAAUGUGAAAAUUCUAGCAAUAGCGUUCUGCCUGAUCAAUCGGUAGUAAUGUCCGUCUUGUCUUCUACUGAGGUGUUGUUGUGUACAGCCAAGGUUUUAGUAUCUAAUCCCAUAACUAACAAAUCUAUUACAGUGCGAGCUUUACUUGACUGCGGGAGUCAGUCUUCUUUUAUAACCGAGUCGGUCCAACAAAAAUUAAACUUGACGCCUCAACCUUCAAACGUUAAUAUACUUGGUAUUGGUAAUGCUCAAGUUAACCUAAAUACGAAAAGAUGCAUUUUACGAUUACAAUCCAAUAAUAGUUCUUUCAACGUAACAAUGAGUUGUUUAGUUCUACCUAUAAUAUCCAGCAAUUUGCCAAAGAUAUCUUUUGAUUACAACGACAUAAAUUUACCUAAACUUGAAUUAGCGGAUCCUAGUUUUAACGAACCAUCCCCUAUUGAUAUGCUCAUUGGCGCUGACUUAUUCUGGGACCUGAUAGGCUCAGAGCAGCGCCGUCUAGGGGACCAAACCAAAACCCCUAACCUACGUAGCUCUAAACUUGGUUGGCUCGUUGCUGGCCCCCUACCUAAUUUACCUAAAAAUUCUACACCAAAUAAUUUAUCAAUAUGUAACUUCUGUCUAAAGGAUGACAAUUUUCCUAAUAAUUUAUCUAUAGAUCAACAUGAAAACUAUAAUUUUGAAAAGGCCUUGUCAAGAUUUUGGGAAUUAGAAGGUUUUCCGCACAACAAGCCCUUAACACAAGAGGAAAAACUAUGCGAACAGCAUUUCCUUUCCACUACUACGCGUUUAAGUGACGGUCGAUUUUGCGUCAGUUUACCACUCCGUGAUGACCGAGACUGUUUAGGUGAUUCUUAUCAACUAGCCAAAAAACGGUUUUCAAAUUUAGAAGCGCGGUUUAGAAGGCAACCAGAGCUUAAAAAAGCCUAUUCUGAUUUCAUACGCGAGUAUGCCGAGCUUGGUCACUUAAAUGAAUCUAAAAUACCUAAACCUAUUAAUUCAUUCUUUCUUCCCCAUCAUCCUGUAAUCAGAGAAAAGAGCGAGUCAACUAAAUUACGUGUCGUGUUCGAUGCAUCGGCUCGUUCUACGUCAGGUUUAUCAGUGAAUGACUUACAAAUGAUAGGGCCUACAAUACAAGAUUCACUUUUUAAUAUUUUAAUUCGCUUCCGCCAAUAUAAAUAUAUAUUAUCGGGCGAUAUAGAAAAAAUGUAUCGUCAGGUUAGCUUAAGAGAGUCAGAUCGUGACCUACAACUUAUUCUAUGGCGGAAAAACGAAAAUGACCCUUUACGUACUUUACGUUUAAAUACGGUGACAUACGGUUUUUCCAGUGCGAGUUUCUUAAGUACUAGAUGCAUCUGGCAGUUGGGCGAGGAAUGUGACGACGACAAAAUAAAAAAUAUAAUACAACAGGAUUUUUACUGUGACGAUUUGCUUACAGGAUCUGACUCCGUCGCGGAGCUUCGUCACAUUCAGCGUGCUGUGUCAGAUGAACUGACAAAAGGUUGUUUUCAUCUAAGAAAAUACCGUUCUAACGUUCCCGAGUUGUUUAUGUCCGAUUCGAUAAAUCCAGAAGAAGAGUUGCUGCUAUAGGAGAACUUACUCAAUUGUCGCAAUGGCGUCACGUUCCUACCAACGAAAAUCCCGCUGAUCUCGCGUCUCGAGGUGUAGAUCCACGAAAUAUAGUAAGCUGUCAUCUUUGGUGGCAUGGCCCUUCCUUUCUUUUGCAACCCGAUCAUCUAUGGCCUCAAGAAAUUUCACCCGUUUUCGAUUUGCCAGAGUUGAAGACGGUUUCUACUUUGUCAGCGGAAAUAAUAACGACAUCUCCUGUGAUAGAUUUUAAAAGAUUUUCCAAAUUUCGUACCUUACAACGAACUUAUGCAAGAGUUAUUAGAUUUUUACACAACUGCCGUAAUCCUAAAAAUAAACUAACUGGCUGUCUGGACGUGGAUGAGCUCAAUAAAUCCCUACAGUUCAUUAUCACCCAAGCUCAGAACGAAUCCUUUUCUAAUGAA